CAGAGCUAUCCUCCGCAGCUGCAGCACGGAAGAAAUAGAGUGGCAGCACUUCCCGGUACUCGUAUCGUGCGAGCACGUCUCUGUGGACAUUUUAUUCUCAAUAUCAUCCUUUUCUUUUUUGGGGGGAGGGGGUAAGCAAAGAGGGAGAAGAUAGGCAGAAGAGAAACGAGCACUGAUUGGUACUGUACACUUUGAACUCACUACCGGUACCCUACUCUACUCUACUGUACGAGUACCCUGCUCUACAACUCGUUCGCUCACACGUCGUACAUAUACAUCCGGGCACCCGCACCAUUUUGAGUUCCCAUUUGCAUCCUCACACGCACCUCUGGUUAAGUGUUCCUGCUCGAUACGGAGAGAUUUAGUUCCUGUGCGAUAUAUACCACGAUACACCAGUACAGUACUCGUAGCAAGACACAGGCACUCAUUUUCACGAAACGGUCUGACGAAGGGCGGAAGGGACCCACAGCUAAAACGGAUACACUCUUCGCUCGAGGGAGCCAUUCCCUCCCACCCUCUAACUCGAAAAAGGGUUGCCGUCCCACGCUACCACUUCUCAUUCUCCCGUCGCCGCCCUUCACUGCCCUACCUCCACUUUCUCUCCCCCCCCCCUCCACCACACGACCACCCAAAUAACAUACCGUACCACCGUUGCCUCUCAUCCCCUCCAACCACCACCACCACCGUCCACCACUACAUUCAAGACCUACAAAAGAAAAAAAAGAAAUCAUUUCUUCACCGCUGGCUGCUUCUGCAGAAGGAGAAAUCCUGGGAGAGGAUAGAAGAAAAACGGAAAAAAAAAGGAAAGGGAAGGGGAAAAAAAAGUGGGUUUUUUUAAAUGUUAAUAAUAGGAGGGACCUACGUGCUUCGCUUUUAAGUCUUCUACUUAUUCAUCAUUUCUUCCAUUCAUCUGAUACCACUCUCUUCUAUUCUGUCUUUUUUUUUCUGUGUUUUUUCUGUGUUUUCGGAUUUUUCAGUGUCCUUCUGGCAAGUGCCUGUUUCUGUUUGCGGCGGCUAUUAGUUUGGCGUUCCCGCCUCUCCCCCUCUUUACGUACAGGACUCGUAGUGACAACCCCCCUCCACCACUAAAUCUAUAACCACACCACCUCGCCGGGUCUCAGACAACUACCGUACAAGAAGCUGGCAUCUUCGACACUCUCCGCCGCUGCCGUCAUCACUACUACCGCUACAACUCCUUUCGCUACCGUCGCCACCACCACUUCCUUUCACCUUAACUUGACCAUGUCAUCAACGAGACCUCCUAUUACCCGAACCUAUUCCUCCCGUUCCCAAGUUGGAGCACCCGAAUCACCUACACUCUCAACCUCCUCCGCUUCCUUCGCCCCCGACUCGAUACGCGGAGACCAAGACCCCAUGGACCACCACGCAAAUCACGAUGCGCGUUCACGAAGCAGUGGCGAUAUGGUAGAAAGAGGCAGGUCACCGGUGAUAGAAAGAGAGGCCUACGGAGAAGACGACGCACGGAGCAUGAGCCCUCGACGGAACAGCGAAGAAUUAGAGAAAAUAGGCAGGGAAGCGAAGGCUACGUUAGAACAGUGAGUUUGAUCUCCUGGUUCACUUCAAUCACUACAAGUAUCCCUUCGUUUACGGCAGGCUGACACCAGCCCUUUAUUCCUUCCCUAGACAAGCCAAAACCCUCCAGUCCGGUCUUUUGGCAUUACUAGAUCGUGUCGAUAAGGUUCGCGAAGAGCACGAUAAACUGGAAGGGGAAAACCGCUUUUUGCAAGAGUACUGCUCACCUCUGGCUCUCCCCCCCAUUCUUAUUCCACUUUCUGGCCAACCGCUGUCUGGCUUUCCAUACUUGGUUCUGGGACUGGCAUGGAUCUAUCUCCGCACACAGCAGUAACUAACCGGGGGUUUCUCAUUACAGGUACAUUGGAUCAUUAAUGGCAACCUCAAAAAUAACGGGGGACCCAGGAACCGGAGCGCGAAAUCGGAAUUCGACCAGUCGAUUAAAAUGACCGCCCGUUCGAACCUGCACCGCACUACGAUUCCCUCACUUCCUUGCGCUUUCCUUUGCACAUAAAAUAGGGUUUCGGGCGGUGAUUGGUGGGACGGGGCUUAUUUUCUUUCUUCACGGGCGGAUUGUAUUUUUACAAACUUGGAUUGGAAAAAGUCAAGUUUUUUUUUUUCACUAUUUUUCGAGCGAGCAUAAUCCGGCAUAAUUUCCCUCUGGGCCUCCUCCCCCUGGCAUGGAUAAGGAAUUUCGGAAGCUAAGGCCGGAGAGGAAUCGAGCCAAUUUCUGCUUUCUGUGCUCCGGAUUUCUGAAGAUUCGGAGAUUUAGAGGACCUUGGCCACAGCGACUCACGACCCGUCAUGACCAUAAAUAUCCUCGUUUUUUUUCAUUUCCUUUUUUCCUUGCUUUCUAUUUAUUUACACCAUUAACCAUUAAACAAGGAGCAAAUGGGGGGGAUAGGACAACGGCAAGGGGAUCGGAUAUAAAUUUCUAACUGUUCAUUCUUACUCUCAACUUUUUUCAUUUUUCAUUUUUUUUCUUCAUUUUUUCUGGUGUUUUGCAUUUGUUUGAUUUGGGCCUCCUUUUUUUCGCUCUAAUUAUUUUACCCCAAUUCGUGUCUAUCGUUCAACCUCUAGGGAAUGGGUGUUUGGUUUGAUUCCUUUUUCAAUCGCUUCUUGGAAAAGUAAUCUCAUUCACUCCUCUUACUUUCCUUUCACGGUAAUGCUUUAUCUCCAUCACUUUACGGGUUAGGCCCUGUUUUUUUUUCUUUUUUCUUCCUCCCACCUCUUCCAUCUCCUUUGUCUCCCGGGGGCAAUACUUUUUUAUACAUAUCAUACUUCUCUUCUCUCUCAAUCUAUCAGUGGCGACGGACGGAGGUGGUGGUAAAAUGGUGUCACAUACCGGUACUUCAAGCCCUUACGGUUCAGGUAAAAGUGGGCCUGAGAGGAUAACUCUGGGGGGCUGAGGGAAGGAAUCAUUGUAUGUAGCUUAUGUAUACAACCGUAUCGCAUCAUAUUG